GUUGCAGCAGAAGCCGAUUGCGAAAUUAAUAGAUUUUGGCCAGAGGAGAACGACGAGCUCAUAGCGAUGUGUCGUCAUGGCGGCUCUGAAGGACCUGCUCCCUCCUGUGAAGUCCUCGAAGGCAUCGCUUUAUGAUCACUCGAAUGACCCUUGGUUCAAGCAGCGCUUCAGUUCCAGCGAGGCCGAGCGAUCGGCUGCUGCUAAAAUCAAUCCUGUCCCUCCAUACUUGAAGCGUCAGGGUUUCGUACCCCGGAAGCCUGAGGAUUUCGGAGAUGGUGGCGCAUUUCCUGAGAUUCAUGUGGCCCAGUAUCCUCUUGGCAUGGGCAGGAAAGACGCAAAGCCUGGCUCAAAAAUUCUCGCGCUCACUGUAGACUCCCAGGGUAGUGUUGCCUUUGAUGCGAUCGUGAAACAGAACGAGAAUGCUUCGAAGAUUGUGUACUCUCAGCAUAAAGACCUCAUCCCAAAGAUUCUGACGGCAGAUAUGAAGGAGGAGGAGGACUCAGAGGAGAUGGAGAAGGAGAUUCAGGAAACAGCAGAACGCACAAAAGCUGCACUCGAGAAAAUUGUCAAUGUGAGACUGAGUGCAGCGCAGCCAAAAAAUGUUCCACAACAGUCCUCUGAUUCCAAGUUCAUCAAGUAUAAACCAUCACAGCAGUCGGCAGCCUUCAACUCAGGGGCCAAAGAGAGGAUUAUACGGAUGGUCGAGAUGCCAGUGGACCCACUUGAGCCACCAAAGUUCAAGCACAAGCGUGUUCCAAAGGCUUCUGGUUCGCCUCCUGUGCCAGUUAUGCAUUCUCCCCCACGUCCUGUAACAGUGAAAGACCAACAAGAUUGGAAAAUACCUCCUUGUAUCUCAAAUUGGAAAAAUCCAAAAGGGUAUACAAUCCCACUUGAUAAACGUCUGGCAGCGGAUGGAAGAGGUCUACAAGAGGUUCAAAUCAAUGACAAUUUUGCCAAGCUCUCAGAGUCAUUGUAUGUUGCAGAGCAGAAGGCUAGAGAAGCUGUUGCAAUGAGAUCAAAGGUUCAGAAAGAGAUGCUUUUGAAAGAGAAGGAAAGGAAGGAGCAAGAACUGCGUGCAUUGGCUCAGAAAGCUCGUUCUGAGAGGACUGGUGGUGCAGCUCCUGCUGCUGUUCCUAUCCCUGUUGACAAGGGCAUGAUGGACGGCGAAAUGAGGGGUGAUGGCGAACGGGUGAAAGAGAGAGAUAGGGAGCCCUCAAGGGAGACAAAGGAGGAGAGAGAGGAGCGGUUGCAACGAGAAAAGAUACGUGAAGAACGUCGUCGGGAGAGGGAGCGAGAGAGACGGUUGGAGGCAAAAGACGCUGCAAUGGGGAAGAAGAGUAAGAUUACUAGGGAUAGAGAUCGUGAUAUCAGUGAGAAGGUCGCACUUGGUAUGGCAAGUACUGGAACUGCACGUGGUGAGGUGAUGUAUGACCAGAGGCUGUUCAACCAGGAGAAAGGAAUGGACUCUGGAUUUGCUACGGAUGAUCAAUACAACAUAUAUGAUAAAGGCCUCUUUACUGCUCAAUCUACCCUCUCCAGCUUGUACAAACCCAAGAAAGAUGCUGACGCCGAUAUGUAUGGAGGUGCUGAUGAGCAACUGGAGAAGAUUAUGAAGACAGACCGUUUCAAGGCUGACAAAGGAUUUACAGGUGCCCCGGAGAGGGCAGCUCCAAGAACUGGUCCAGUUGAUUUUGAAAAGGCUGCUGAGGAGCAAGAUCCAUUUGGAUUGGAUAUGUUCUUGACGGAGGUGAAGAAGGGUAAGAAGGCAAUGGAAAAGGUUGGUAGUGGAGGGACCAUGAGUGCAAGUGCUGGAUCUUCGAUGCGUGAUGGCCAUGAUAAAGGUUCUGGCCGAACUCGAAUUGGAUUUGAAAGGGGACAUUAGAAAUUUCAAUUUGUAACAUU